CAUGCCUCAGCUGUAAGAGGCCCUUCUCCCCUUGGCUGGCUGGCAUCCCAGAGCAGAGGCAGAGAGAGACAGAGAGGGUAGAGUGUGAGAGACGGAGGGUGAAGAGAAAGUUACCGUGGAAAGUAGACUAGGAAAAGGCAAACAAGUGGAACUGAAACUUGAAAAAGCCUUAGGGACUGAGUUUCUGUGCAGAGUGGCUCCUGCAGGUUGUUUUUCAGUUGUGUAUUUUUAUCUGUAGUUGGCGUGCAAGCGGUUUGACAGCCAUGGCAGACACAGGUGUCAUGAAGGAGCACACAGCCCUGGCAGAGGUGGCUUACGACGAUGAGGAAGUAGCUCUGGUGAGUGCCGCCACAGAACCAGCAGUAGAUGAUGAUGACGAUGACCCCACCGGGGACGUGGACCUGGUGCUGGCCUCCGGAGGCCCAAGCGAAGCCCAGAUGAAUGGGGUCAUGGUCCUGUCCCUGCUAGACAAAAUCAUCGGUGUGGUCGACCAGAUCCAGCAGACCCAGAACGGCCUUGAGGCCCGGCAAGAAUCCAUGGAGAAGUCUGUGUCGACCAUCCAGGGGGAGCUGGCCAAGUUGUCCAAGAACCACGUGGGGACCGCCAACACGGUCAACAAAAUGCUGGAUAAGGUACGCAAGGUCAGCGUCAACGUCAAGACGGUGCGCAGCAACCUGGAGAAGCAGGCGGGCCAAAUCAAGAAGCUGGAGAGCAACGAGAACGAGCUGCUGAAGAGACGCAACUUCAAAGUCCUCAUCUACCAGGACCAUGUGAAGGCACCAAAGGCAUCAAAAGACAAGACGGCAGAGACAGCAGAGGGUAACGCAGUGGAGGGCCUUGAGCAGAUACCCGAAGAGGGACAAGAGGGAGUCCAGGCCAAUCUCAAUUCAGACGAGGAGGUGGAGAUUGAGGAGAUUAUUGAAGAGUCUCGUACCAAGCGACUCCAACGCACCACCAAGCAGCAAGUGGACAACAUAAAGAAAGCCUUCUCCAAAGAGAAAAUGGAGAAGACCAAACUAAAGACCAAGGAGAACCUGGAGAAGACAAGACAGAGAACCCGUGAGAACCUGGAGAAGACAAGACAGAGAACCCGUGACAACCUGGAGAAAACUAAGCACAGCCUAGAGAAGAAGAUCGGCAAACUCGGGACCCGCAUGACACCCAACCAGGAGCGCCGGGCAAAGAUGAAGACCUCCAAAGAUAAGGUGAGGAAGUCCCUAACCCCUGACCACACGGUCUAUGCUCGCUCUAAGACCACCGUGUACCGUGUGCCCCCAUUCACCUUCCACGUGAAGAAGAUCCGAGAUGGGGAAGAGGAGGAGGUGAUACAGAACACAGAGAUGGAGGAGGUGGCUGAGUCUGAGGGCCACCUGGGGGAAGAGGAGAAUGGGCUCGGCGUGCACGUGGAGGUGGAGGAAGGGGAGCUGGUGAGUGUGGACAGCCCAGAGAUGGAUGCUCUGUUGGAGGUGACUGAGGAUCUGGUCCUGGUGGAGGCAGACCACCUCAAGAAGGCACAACGCGAGUAGAGAGACCCACCUGUGCAGGAAAAGACGAAAUAAUGAGGAAAGGAAAGAAGCCCUCAUGAAGGAAUGAAUAAAGAAGGAAAGAAGUCUCAAUGAAUGAAAGAAUGAAGAAGGAAAGAAGUCUCGAUACAUUAGUCUAAUUACAUGGACACAAUAUUAGUUGUAGAGACUUUCUAGACGUGAUCACAAUCUAUGAUAUGUCGUUUGUUUUCUGUUCUCUUUUUAUUGUACCAAAAAUGGAUAACUUUCAUAUUUGCUCCUCUUUGCCAUAUAAAUAAGAAAAUCUAUUAAAAAACAAAGCUUUUGAAACAUGCUGCAGGCUGACUGGGAAUCUUAGACUUGUUUAGAAUCUUUGCUGAUUGUUGUUGGUUGAUAAAUUGAGGAGCGAUACAGAAAAAAAGAUAUAAAUAGUCUUUGCUAUUGAGAUGUAAUGUAUAAUAUAAUAUUAACCGUGUAUGAAAUGCACAUUAAUAGGAAGGGUAACAGGAAGUUGUUGGAAGAUUUACACAGAUCUGUGUAUUUUUGACUUGGUCAAGCCAGAAAGACAUACGAAAUACCUUGAACUUAAAUUUGAAAUCCUGAUGGUUCAAAGUGAACACAAACACACACAACAAUAAAACCAGGCACAGUUUAAAUGUUGUGGCUGAGUGGUGUAUGUUAUUGUGGUUGAUGAUUUAAAUUAUGUGUAAAAAUAUAAAACUGAACUCAAAGGAAUGAGUGCUUGAGUAAUGAGUUAUGCCUCAGAGCAAAAUAUACUACUCACAGCAUCGUGUCAAAUGUAAGAAUUAUUUGUAAGGUAAAAUACAAAUGUAAAGUACUGAAAAUAGAAGUGUAAUAUCUUUUCAAUUGUAUCAGGAAUACUGAAAUACUUACACAAAUGUAUAAGAAUUAAAAAGUUAAGAAUUUUUCAUGAACUUGUGACGAACAUUAUAGGAUCUCAAGUUUUAUAUCAAACAAACAAAAAAGAUACAAAUACAAAUGAUCAAAUUAAAUGUAUGCUAUAUUAUUAGGGAAAUAUCUCCUGCUACUCUAUCCAGGGUCAUUAUUCGGUUGCUCAUUUCAGCAGUGAUUUUAAACUACUAAAAGCAUAUAAUAAUAAAAUUUAGGAUGUAACCUUUGCUGUGAUUUAUCUUUACAAUGCAGGCUUGAAAACACUGUUUGGUCAUCUUUUACUGGAGCGCACUCAUUCCCCAUGUCAUAUUUCUAAGUUGCACACAGCACACCGCUGCACAGAAAAAAAACAAUUGCGUUUCCAUGGUUACAGCUCAUCCUAGUCCAUUUGCACAGCCCUAUAAAAAUUUCCCAAGGUAGAUGCAGGCACAAAAUAUAUGGUCUGAAGAACAAGAUGACAGUUUAAUGGCUGAUUACGUAACUCGUGGCUUGUGGAGAUUGAAAUGCCAUUCUAAAUGUAGUUAAAGGCAGACAGCACGCUGCCAGGUAUUUAUGAAUGGCUUGGUACUUGAACAAAUGUCAGACCACCGCAACUGCACGGUCCAGUUCACAAACGUUUUCACAGAGACCAGGUGCAAAUUCUGUGUUCCUCCUCGGAAUUAUUAUUGAAUGUCCACUGUGAUGGGGGAAAAUACAACUGUGACAAAUAGCAGUCAAAGACAUGACUCACAAAAUAAGGUGGCAGUGGAGGAUUAGAGGAAGCUAUUUGUUAAUAGGGUUGUGAUUAUUCUGAACCUGAUGAUGGCAGUGCUCUAUCGUUGCUUUUGACCACAGGGCUGCAGAUGGAAACGAGGUGGUGGUGCAGCCUCCAUUUUCCCUUCUUAGAGGCUGUAUGUGACCUUGAUGUGGUUUAGGCCCACUGUGUAGCAGGGAACUCCAUUAAAACAAUCAAUAGGCUGAGGGAUGCAAUUAAGGAGAGUGCUCCCGAGCACUGAGCAGGGUAUGAAAACUGGGUGAAGGACAUUUUGUAUGUGUGUAAUUGUGUGAUUGUGAAAAGUAUGUGCAUACUAUAUACUCACAAUGUGUUUGUGAAACUCUCAAGGCACCGGUCUGUGACGUCACAUAGGCUUAUAAUCACAGUAGCACACUUUUAUUGAUUUCUUUUUCGACAUGAAUGUGCACUGUCUUGCACAUCAAACAUUGAAACACUUGUAAGAUAUCAGAAAAUGUGUGUUUUUGCCGCCUUGUACAUUUUUAUAAGCUACCAGUGUGCUGCGAGUGGAAUGUAGGUGAUGCUGAGCUAAUACAGAAAAAAAGAUUAUUAGUCAUUUAAAUGAAUGUUUCACAUAAUUGCUAUAAGUAGGUGUCAUUAAAUAAAUUAGACACUGGAGCUGUUGCUGUUGUGUUUAAAGCCUCUUGUUUUAUUUGCCUAUUCCCUUCAAUAAAAAAUA